AUCGUUGGUGUCAGUGGGGGGAGGAAUAGUGCCCCAUCGUUGGUGACAGUGGGGGGGGGGAAUAGUGCCCCAUCGUUGGUGUCAGUGGGGGGAGGAAUAGUGCCCCAUCGUUGGUGUCAGUGGGGGGAGGAAUAGUGCCCCAUCGUUGGUGUCAGUGGGGGGAGGAAUAGUGCCCCAUCGUUGGUGUCAGUGGGGGGAGGAAUAGUGCCCCAUCGUUGGUGUCAGUGGGGGGAGGAAUAGUGCCCCAUCAUUGGUGUCAGUGGGGGGAGGAAUAGUGCCCCAU